AUGGCGCAUGCACUAGCAGACGACGUCUUCAUCGGAUUCGACGUUCCCGAAAUCGACAAGCCAUUCAUGCUUGAUGUCCUUGCUGCACCCGGCACCCCCUGGGACGAGAAGCUGGCCAUCUACGACGUCGGUCUGUUCAGCGGAUACGAGGAUUGGAACCUGAUGCUCGAGAGUGCGGCCUCACUGAAGGAGCAGAGCCCGGCUAGAUCCCCUCUCGAUGCACAAGAUCUCCUAGCCUUCGUCCCGCGGGUGAAAGAAGCCACGCUAGCCGCCGACAAGCUGCGUCAGGGUUGGGCAGCGACUGACCAGUCCAUCAAAAAAUUAGCCACGCUUCUGCGGGUUCAUCGAUCAGGCAUCGUUGCUGCUCCCCAACCUGCUGUCAUCAAACGAGAGCGAGUUAUCAAGCGAGAGGGUGUCUCCAAGCGCGGACGGGACGAUGAGGAGGAGGUCGAAGAUGAGGAUGCCCAACCCAACAACCAACGAGUCAAGCGACGCAAAGUCGCACCCAAAUCAUCCACAUCCCACUAUUUCGCGCCUUCCGCGGCCGAACAAUCGCCACGCAUCCAGCCAGAACAGCCCUCUUCAUCUUCAUCCCCAGCUCUGCUCGCUUCCGACGAAGCUCGAGCCUACACACCAGCCGUCAUCCACAACGGAUAUGCUACGCCGAAUAUCACACCUCGCAAACAGUCUCUUGAGAAUGAGGCCCCGAAUGACACCACCGGAAAAUCUCCGAAGGAAUCGACCAGCGAGGCCCAGAACGCCGCUUGUGCGGCUAGCGGAGCGAAUGGUGAUGACGCCGGCGAUUUAAAAGCCAGCGGCCCGCAGACAGCCAGGGAUCUUCGGGCAGAGGCGCCAUCCUGGCCAUCCCCGCCCAACAGUCCGUCUCCGAUGAACUCGUCCGAAUUAUUGUCCCCCGAGGACUUGAGCCGGAUCAAGUCGGAGAACUAG